AUGGCAUCGUUCAAGUCGUUCUUCAUCGCUGUUUUGCUUGUCACUUUAUCUUCUUCGUGUAUUCAUGUAACUCAAGCAGGUCGUCAUCUUUUACCGGAUCUCCCGGCUCCUCGUCCUCGUUUGCCUGGUGUUCCUCUUCCCCGUUUGCCUGGUGUGCCUCUUCCUCCUUUGCCUGGUGUUCCUCUUCCCCGUUUGCCUGGUGUUCCUCUUCCUCCUUUGCCUGGUAUCCCUAUUCCUCGUUUGCCUUUACCUUUUGUUCCACCAGUCACUAUCCCUUCUAUUCCUUCUCUUCCAACCAUCACUAUCCCUCAUGUUCCCGGUGUUCCACCCAUGGGUUUGAUUUAA